UGCAAUAAAACAAAUGUUAUUAAUUACAUUAAUUUUCACAUUAAUGAUAACAAAUGAAGCACUUUAUCCAAAAGAGUCCGAAACCAGAGACAUCCGACUUUUGGACGGCAUUUGGAACUUUCGGGUCAUAGGAUUGGAUCAAAACCAAGAAAUCGGAUUUAUUGACAAAUGGUAUUCAAAACCAUUACAAGAGACGGGAAAUGUAAUUGAUAUGCCGGUGCCGUCCAGUUAUAAUGAUAUAACACAAGACAGGUUUAUACGUGACUAUGCGGGUUGGGUCUGGUAUGACAAAAGUUUUUAUGUAUCCAACUCGUGGACAGAUAAACAAGUUAUACUCCGCUUUGGUAGCGCUCACUACUUGGCCUAUGUUUAUGUCAACGGUCUUAAUGUUGUCAACCAUACGGGCGGACACUUGCCGUUUGAAACCUAUGUAACAAAACAUUUGAAAUAUGGCGAAAAUAAUUUUAUUACAGUUGCUGUCAAUAAUAUAUUAUCAAAAAUAACUGUCCCUCAGGGAGGGGUUUACUAUUAUAAUGAUCCGAAAAAAUAUCCUAAAGGCCUGUAUAGGACUACAACUCAAUUUGAUUUUUUUAAUUACGCCGGUAUUGAUAGACAUGUAUUUUUAUAUGCAUUACCUAAAGUACAUAUAACUGAUGUCUGGACCAGUACUGAGAUUAAAGAUCCAACAACUGGUGUCAUUAACUAUGAGAUCUCAAUAAGUGAUAGUAAGGCUAAUAUUGAUUAUAUUGUUGAAGUAUUUGGCAAAAAGGGAAACAAAGUAACGACAAGUAAAGGGGUUAAGGGUGUCAUAACAAUACCGAAGGCAACAUUUUGGUGGCCAUACACUACAAAUGACAAUCCAGGCUAUCAGUACACAUUGAAAUUGUCUUUACAACUAAAUGCUAAAACUAUUGAUGUCUACUAUCAGAAAGUAGGCAUCAGAACAGUUAAGGUCACAGACAAGCAAUUCCUCAUUAAUGACAAACCAUUUUAUUUCCGGGGAUUUGGUAAACAUGAAGACGCAAAUAUUAGAGGCAAAGGUUUAGAUUAUCCUAUUUUGGCUAAAGAUUUUAAUUUAAUCAAAUGGAUUGGUGCCAACUCUUUCCGUACUUCUCAUUAUCCAUACUCUGAGGAAUUGAUGGAUAUGGCAGAUGAACAGGGAAUUGUUGUCAUUGAUGAGUGUCCUGCUGUCGGAUUAGAUACAUUCAAUGACACCUUAUUUGAGAGACAUUCGCAAACUAUUAUUGAAAUGAUUUUAAGAGAUAAAAACAGGCCAUCAGUGGUCAUGUGGUCCAUUGCUAACGAACCAAAUUCUGGUGAUCCUAAAUCAGCUGAUUAUUUCAAGAAAAUAAGAGACUUUAUCAGAGAUAGAGAAUCCGGUUUCAGACUUCCUAUAACUGGGGCUAUAAGUCAUGGUUAUAGCGGCGAUCAUAUGGCUCCGGCUUUGGAUGUCAUUAUGGUUAACAGAUACUGGGGGUGGUAUCAGGACACAGGUUAUCCACAAGCUAUAGAAAAACAAUUGAUUUUAGAUUUUAAUCAUUGGUUUGAGACAUAUAAGAAACCAGUGAUGAUCUCAGAAUAUGGCGGCGACACUGUUCCCGGUCUACAUCAGGACCCACCAUAUGUCUGGUCAGAAGAUUAUCAGUCGGAACUAUUCAAAGAGGCUUUCAAAGCAUUUGAUGCGCUCAGAGCUAACGGUUUCUUUGUCGGCGAACUUGUCUGGAAUUUUGCGGACUUUAUGACAAAUGAAGACACGGGUCGGGCUGUCGGCAACAAGAAAGGCAUAUUCACUCGGGAAAGACAGCCUAAAGCAUCGGCAAGAGUUAUGAGAUGCAGGUAUUGGCAAUUGGCUGACACCAAAAAAGGACAGGAAGAYGGCUUCUCUUAUUGUAUUUAA